AUGGCACCGCCGCGGUUGAAAAAUGACCAGCAAACCAGCUUCGAAUGGAGCCAGGACGCUGUUCUGGUACGCCUGAGAAGCCACAGUCUCAGUGCUCAGUGUCAAAUCCGAACACAGCAGCUCGCCCCAGGCAUUGUCCAGACGGAUUCGAACAUGUCGUCCCCCGAGACCAGGUAG